AUGGAUGUCCUGAGGAGUCAGUGGUCCGGAGCCAAAGCUUUGGUUAAAUUCAUCAAACCGAGAAAGGAGAACAGCAGAGAACGAGGCGGCGAGCGAGACAAGGAAGGGACCAAAGACCGAGAACGAGCCAAGAGCGCCCCCGAUAUCCCCCUCCCUGCACCCCCGCCCUUACUCCCGCCAGAAACCCCGCCCCUCCCUCCACAGAGGACAGGAAGUGACUCCCAAGACAAUGGCCACACCCACAGCAGUCCUCGCCUAGGCCCCCAGAGUCCACCGUUGACCCCCAGCAGCCGAGGUGUGACAGACCGAGGACGAGGGCUGUAUCGCAGUGGUGAAGAUCCACAUGGACCAGGUAUGUUCUUAGACCAAGACAAUGACACGGUGUUUGGUCACAUGGGAGGUCGCCCGGGGUCAGCUGACCUCAGUCAUCACACCUGCAGCUCCAACUCACCUGUCAAAUGCAAAGAUGCAUCAGACUGUCAGCGCUGGUCAGGUAGUCUGUCCAGCGAUGAUGUCAUGGGUCUGAGCCAGUCUCAGCAGACUUUGUCGCGGAGUGCGACCCUCCCAUAUGACCACUCACCCCAGCAGGCUCAGCCACAGCGCAGGAACAGGAACAGAGCUCCACCCUCAUCUCCUGGAAGUGAGAUGGUGACGUUGGAGGAGUUUCUGCAAGAGAGCAGCGUGACGUCGCCACAAAUGGUGUCCAUGGGAAGCAAAGAGGACCUGAUGAAGGAUUACUUCACCAGAAGUCCAGAUCCCACUGGCAGCGACCAUGUCACCCCCACCAGCUACGUCACACCCACCGUGCACACCUCCAACCAGAGACCAGGCCAGAGUGUCAAGCCGUCUCCCCGGCAGCCUAUCGGUCAAUCCCCAGACUCCAGUCGGCCGAUAACACCGAGAACCAACCAGUCUCUGAGCAGGACCUUCAGCCUGGCCUCUGCCGAUUUGCUUCGCUCCAAUGGGCCGGACAGUUUCCGGGACGGCGGGUCCCCUAAGCAGUCGGAUCUGGUGAUUCGACGGCAGGGAGGGGCUAAAGGGCGGGAGAGGCCACUGUCCGCCCGUUUGGCCGGGUCAACCAAUCAGCCGGGGGACAGCAGCUUCCUGGCCUCACCCGUCCACCACUCGUCUUCUCUCACCCUGCAGACCGAGAGGGAAUUCGAUAGAGGGCGGACUCCUGUGUCGCAUAACGCCCCGCCCUCCUCAUACCAUCAUCGUGGUGAGGUUGCCAUGGUAACCCCCGUGAGGGCCGUAUCCGCUACCCAGCUGGGCGAGGCCUCGGCGCAGGACGCCCACUCGAGUGACUCUUGCCAGAGUCGAGACGCUGAGAGGCCAGGAUGUAGCACAGUCCAACGGCCAACAAGCACACCGGCCUCCCCGGAUCCCAACAACGACCCCCAGACCGUGUGGUAUGAAUACGGCUGUGUCUGAACGCUGCAGACUCGCUCUCUGGUUUUUCCAACCAAAAGACUAAAACCCUCAGAUUUCAAUAUCCAGCCUUGCAGUCUUUGGAUUGUGGCAACCGUCGGUCAUCUCUAACUAGAAGUCUGACCAAAUCCAAGGCAAUGAAGCCGGAGUUUAGAACACCUUUUUAAAUGCUUCUCUUUUGGGUCCACAGCGGAAUGAGAUCACGUAACCUGGAAAGCAGCCCGAGGCCACAUUGACUGUCUAGAAACUAAGCAGCCACCAAAGGACUUCCAGUAGAUGACUGUUUUACUUGCGACACUAAUGGUGCCUUCACACUUGUCAUCCUGUUAAAAUAGACUCUUUGCUACUAUGCUUUGUUUAGUCAAGUGUAAAGGACCGGACCAAACUAGCAGACCAAGACCGCUUGAGUGAUGGGUGUAGGCGUAGGUGUAGUCUUGGACUACAAGCCGCAGAACGCAAACCACACCAGAACCACAGAACUGAUGUUGGUGAAGUCGUCCCAGAUGCCUUCUUAUUGCAGAACAUCGCCAUCUAUGUGUUCCACGGAGGAACUCCAAAAAAGCCUCUAAAAUGUGGCCGUCAAAAGUAAAGUUCUACAAUCGUAAGUCAGAAGACAUGGUGUUGUUUAUGUGUUCCAAUCGUCAUACUGACGUCUGCUGACAAAUGUUCAGGUGUGACCUCACGCACUCUUGAACAUUUUUGGUCUGGAUCAGAGUUAGGGACUACGAGCGUGAAUUGCCCAGACAGACCUUUACGUAGAGAUUCCAAGCACCUAAUUCAAGGGGAACUAUCAGAAGAACUGAAUGCUGUGUGGAACAAACACUGGAAAAGGUGAGAGGCGGUGAAGUGGUUGGGUGCAGAGAGGCAGAACAAAUAUGUGAAACGGAGAGAGAAACUGAAAGAUGAGUUAGAUAAACAGUGAAGAUCGGAAGCGUUUGUCCCGGUUAAACGACAGACCACCUUCGGUUUUUGUCUCAGCAUUGGACACUGACACUUUACUGGGAAAAGAAACCCACAUUAUUUUCACUGAAGCCAUAUUUCAACCUAGGAACACUCCAAGCAGAACACUGUUAGAUGUGCAACAGUACGCCAUCAUCCCCACCUGGCUUCUAAAGUCCCAGUACGCCAUCAUCCCCACCUGGCUUCUAAAGUCCCAGUACGCCAUCAUCCCCACCUGGCUUCUAAAGUCCCAGUUGGGUUCGUAAUGCGUACAUUCAGGGGUACGGAAAUGCAACUUUGUAGAUUUAUGAAACGUCUUUAAUGUUUUGUUUUUUAAAUGAAACCCAAGAAAGUGCAAUAGUCAGUUAUUUUAUUUCCAUAAAUGAGAGUUCCGUAUUGCCUGAUGCUUGCAGUCCUAGACUUGUUCCCACUACUGGUCAAUUCCCAUCCUUUUGGCCGGAUGCCACCUGUAUCACACGUGUCCAUGUCCGUGUGGACAGUGCCAUUCCCAAUUCUUUCAUAUGCCAUCAGCCUUCUUUGGUAUGUGGAAAUAAAUGGUAGAUCAUGUGAACGCUCAGGGUGCAUCCAUCCGACAUCAUUAUUCGCCAAAAUAGACGGUUACAAAACAAAUAGUUGACAACGGAGCAGAAAAACAGGUGAACAUGAAAUGUUUUAGGAACUCCGACACUCCCAUCUCUGACUUGUCACCCACAGACGCUCUUCAAGCAGACAUCUCAGCAAAAUAUCCCCUAAAAGUGCCGCAGCCAAAAUAUUUCUUCUUCGCCGCACAAUAAUUAGGUGGAGAAAAUGUUGACUUUGAUUGCACAAAGUCAUGAAAAAUGCGACUCAAGUGGAAGGCAUGUUUACUUGGGUCAACAUGCAGGUCGCAUGUUUACUUGGGUCAACAUGCAGGUCGCAUGUUUACUUGGGUCCACAUGCAGGUCACAUGUUUACUUGGGU